AUUUACAAAAACAUAAUAAUAAAUUAAUUUAAUAUGACGAAAAAGAAUCCUAUACAUUCUUGCUCAGUAUACGGUGACAUCUCCGGAAAGAGGAAAUAAUAAUAAAAUAUUAAUUAUUGCGGGUUCGGUGUAAUCCUAUUUUCUCAAUUAAAAACAUUUCCAAUUAAGUUCAUUUUAAAUUGGAUAUUUUCAACUUAUAGGUACUAAGUUGUAUGUCUCAAAUAGACUUCAGAGAAAAAUCGAAAAUAAAAUAUGCUUACAAACAAACAAGUUUUUAUCUGACGACCUUCAUGCGUAAAUUCCGAAUAUUGUAUAAUUAGCAAAGUAAUCAUAAUAAACACAACUGUAGUGAGAUUAACGAGUUGACGGCGUCUCAGUAUUAGUUCAGAGAUAGUCUGCAAACUAUAUGUUUAAAGAAGUCAUUCCUGAAAUGAUCCUUAUUAAAGUUUAAAUGUAUACAUUUUAGAUCAUUACACUAAGUAUCAACACUCUUGUAAUAUUACAAUAAAUUUCUUUUAAGAAAAUUAAAAAGGAAGCACUGAAUUUUCAAAAUGAUUUCACAAUCGAUUCAGCUGCGGAUCUCAUUGUAUUUAUUUAUAGUUUACGGAUCUAAGACAACGACCACUGCUGGAUAUCCACCACUAUUCGAAUCAGGGCUGACGUACUUGGCUGAAACUUUGGAAUGGGAAUCACAUGAAACCGUUAACCGGGCAAAAGUUCUCCUAGAAUAUGAUUUCAUCGUCGUCGGCGCCGGAAGUGCAGGAUCCGUAGUGGCGAGUCGAUUGUCCGAAGUCAAAAACUGGCAAGUACUGUUGAUUGAAGCCGGGCAACAAGCCACGCACGUCAUGGACAUACCUUUGACCGCCCCGUUUUUGCAAUUUAGCUCGGCCAAUUGGAAAUACAAGACGGUACCGAUGAACAACUCGUGCUUAGGUUUCGAAGGCAAUCAGUGCAAAUUUCCUAGGGGCAAAGUCAUGGGUGGCAGUAGAAUACUGAAUUACAUGAUAUAUACACGUGGUAAUAGAAGGGAUUACGAUAAAUGGGCAGAUAUGGGUAACACAGGCUGGGACUAUGACAGCGUUCUGAAGUAUUUCAUAAAAUCGGAAAACGCCAACUUGUCUCACUCAGAUCCAGGUUAUCAUGGAAGAAAUGGAUUGUUGUCGGUGUCCGACGUCCCGUACAGGACGCCAAUAGCGAAGGCUUUUGUGGAAGCUGGAUCUCAAAUAGGACUUCCCAUUGUAGACGUCAACGGGGAAAAACAAGUCGGGAUUAAUUAUUUGCAGACCACUGCGAAGAACGGUCGCCGCUGGAGCACAAACACGGCUUUCCUGUUCCCUGCGAAAAAAAGACCUAACCUGCACGUGAAAAAGCUCAGCAUGGUAACGCGAAUACUGAUAGACGGACAGACAAAAAAGGCUAUAGGAGUGGAGUUUGUCUCAAAGCGCCAGAUAUACAGAGUGUUCGUGCGGAAGGAAGUGAUCGUUUCCGGUGGGACCAUAAACACGCCACAGCUGCUCAUGCUGUCCGGAAUCGGUCCGAAGCAACAUCUGGCUGACCACCUCAUCCCGCUGGUGGAAGACUUGCCGGUCGGCGAGAACCUGAUGGACCACGUGUCCCUGGGAAGUUUGGUCGUAUCGAUAAACAAUUCCGUUUCGAUCAAAUUUAACAAGGUUUUGGAUGAUCCGAACAGCUUAAACGACUACAUCCGCAAUGGAGGUGGUAUCCAAACGGUGCCGGGAGGCACCGAGGCUUUAGCUUUUGUGGACAUAGACAGGCCCGGGUCGAGGGACGGACAUCCCAAUCUCGAGCUGCUGCUGGCGUCUGGAACGUACUCGGCCUACGAGCUACUGCCCAAACUGUGUGGCAUGAGGACCAAUCUGUACGACGCAGUGUAUCGGGCCACGGAAGGUAUGGACGGGUUCACGGUUUUCCCGAUGGUGAUGCGUCCCAAGAGCCGCGGCCGCGUGUGGCUGAGAGACGGCGACCCGUUCCACCACCCACUGAUCGACCCCAACUAUUUCGCUGAUGAGAGAGACCUAGACGUGAUCGUGGCCGGAGUCCGGCUUGUCCAGCGGAUGCUGCUCACGGACCCGAUGAGGUCACUCAACGCCACGAUCCUGGAAACGCCGCUGCCCGGAUGCGUGCAACAUGUGUUCGACACGGACGAGUACUGGAAAUGUUGCGCCCGCCAGAUAUCGUUCACGAUCUAUCACCUAUCUGGCACGUGCAAGAUGGGACCGGCCACGGAUCCGACGGCCGUAGUCGACCCCAGAUUGCGGGUGCACGGGGUCAGUGGCCUGAGAGUGGUGGACGCGUCGAUCAUGCCGGAAGUGCCAGCGGCUCACACCAAUGCCCCGACGAUCAUGAUUGCGGAAAAAGCGUCCGACAUGAUUAAAGAGGACUGGGGCGUUCGGACGUAGUAGAUAUUGGCGUGACAAUACUGUACGCAUUGUUGUGUAGUGCAUACAUACUCUCGAGUCUGGUCAUUGCCUGUGUUAUUUUUUAUUCUUUUAGUUUAGAAAUAACUAAGUAGUGUGUAAAAAAAAGUAGGAAAUUCCACUCUGACUUAAAAUGUUGUGCGUAACAAUCGAUUUGUGCAGUGUGUUAUAAGAAUGACUGAAGUCCAAUGACGCACUAAUAAUAAGAAAUAACUAAUAGGUAUUUAAUUAAUGAUUUCUUUUGUAUAUAUUUGAUGAUAUUUGCAACACAAGCGACGGUUAUGUGUUAUUAAACUCUUGUGUUAUUUGGAAGCAAAGUUACCUUUUUUUAUGUAACCGGUUUCAAUAACUAAGGUUAUAUUAGCUUCUAUUUUUUAACAUGUUUUUUGAAGGUACUUAAUUUGUUAGUGGUUAUUACAAAAAAAUUAGUUUGUAUUUGCAUUAUACGCCGAAUAUUGCCUAUAUAACGAUUGUUGAUAUAUUUGUGUAUGCCAGUAAAAGUGUUUAUCAUAUAA